AUGAAGAAACUGGUCCAUGUAGCUCUUGUGACUGUUAUAUCACUUUGUUUGGUUGAUGCCAGGUGCCCGGCUGUGUGCAAAUGCCCUGCUACUCCCCCAACAUGCCCUGCCGGGGUGAGUCUGGUGUCAGAUGGUUGUAGUUGCUGUAGGGUGUGUGCCGCACAAUUCAACCAGGACUGCAAUAUUCACAAACCCUGUGACUACCACAAGGGUUUGGAGUGUAACUACGGCAAUGAUGUGAUGUUUGGAACAGGCAUAUGUAGAGCCAAACAGAAGGGCCGCAGCUGUGAGUACAAUGGCCAAAUGUACCAGAAUGGUGAGAGUUUCCGUGUGGGCUGCAAACAUCAGUGUACCUGUAUUGAUGGAGCGGUGGGUUGUGGCCCUCUUUGUACCACCAGCAUCCCUCUGGCAUCACUCUCUUGUCCCUACCCUCAACUAGUAAGAGUGCCCGGACAAUGCUGCCUCAGUGUGGACUGCCAUAAAGGAGCGAUAGGGCCAGUAGAGCCAAGAUGGAAAAAGAAGCAGUUAUCUUAUGGGCAGCAGGAUGAGUGGGAAAACAGAUUGGGGAAUGAGCUGCUGGAGAGGAGAAAAGGAUGGGAGGAUGAACAGGGAUAUAAACACUUACCAGAUUGGACUCGUGUUCAGUGUGUGACUCAAACUACAGACUGGUCACCAUGCUCAAGCAGUUGUGGAAUGGGGAUGUCCUCUCGAAUUACCAAUGAUAACGCCCAGUGCAAGCUGGAACAGGAGACCCGACUCUGCAACCUACGACCCUGCAACCCUCUGCUUGUUCAUCCCAAGAAUGGAAAGAAAUGUAUGCGCAUGCACAAGUCUCCCAGACCUGUUCACCUGUCCUACGCAGGCUGCCAAAGCAUCCGAACCUACAGGCCAAACUACUGCGGCGGAUGCAGCAACGGGCGCUGUUGCAUGCCUCGUCGUACCCGUACCAUAUCAGUACCUUUCAAGUGCCCUGGAGGCGGGCGUUUAGGCAAAGCGGUCAUGUUCAUUCUGUCAUGCAAGUGUGGACAGGACUGUGAGCACCUUAAUGAAGCAGCUAUGCCACCACAGAAGUGGCUGUAUGGAGACACACAUAAAUUUAUUGACUAGUUUUUAUUGCUUUAGUAGUAUUUUUGUCAGCUGUGGCUGAAAUGACAGUUGACGUGCCACAUCCAAUGGUGUCAUUUUAAACUCUUUCGUGACAAGCGUGCACAAAUGCACUGAGAUAAAAAUAUCUGAGAGUAUUUAAGCUGACAAGGUAGGCAUGUACUGAACUUAAUGGCCUGUUUUGCUUUGGAUAGUCAUGGAAAGUCCAAAUUCUUUCCAGUGUUCUGCUGGUCAGCGAUUAUGAAUGGAUGCUUGGUUUUAAUGCAUUUAUUUUGUAGUGGUACUUGGUACUCUGUAACCCUGACCACUCUGAAAUUGUUUAUACUGUAGAACCCAACAACAAAAAAUGUGAAAUAUAUAUUUUUCUGAUAUGAAGAGUAAACCAAAGAUGUUUCAGAUAAUCAAACUUCUUUUUUAUAUUAGACAAAUAUAGCCCAACUAAAUGCUUUUUAAAUGAUUAUUUCAUUUAAUUAAGAAAAAAAUGCUGUUCCGCCCUACGUGAAGCAGUAACUACCCCCUUAGCAACAAAAUUUAAAGGCAAUGAAAAAAAAUUAUGGGUUCUAUUAGUUACUAAAUAUAGGCUUUACAUACUUUUCCAGCCUGAAGUAGAAAUUAUGAAUUAGUGUGUUCAAAAGAGACAUGAAAAAUACAAUAUUGUGUGUUAAUAGGGACCUAUUUCUCCAGUAAUUAAUAGUUUGCAUGUUUUUACCAUGCGAUUUCCACCCUCAAAACAAAAAGACCUUUAAAAGAUGCACUGGCUUUUCUAAGUAGUCUGUUAUUAAGUAAAUAUGAGUUUGUUUCAGCACUUUGAAACUGUAUGAAUGAAGGGAUUAAUUUGUGAAGCAACAGAAAUCAUUGAACCUUUUUUUUUUACAGCUGAUAUAAACUGUCCUUUCAAGUGUAUGUGAACUUUUGACUUCAACACUACCAUUCAGGCUUAGGCAGCUGUUUGUAAAGCUUGUUUUAUUGCACUAUUAUGCAUAAACUUUCAUUUGAAAUGUUACUAAUGUAACGACAGUGAAUGAAUAAAUCAGUGUAAGAUGUUGAUUUAAUUUACA